AAAAUAAAGAAUGGCCAGAAAGCGAAUGAUUAAAAUGAGCGGACCAAACAUAUAGUCAUAAGGUAAACAAAAGCACUGGCUGCUGGUUGGUGCUUCCUGGAGAAUUCAGGGAUGGAGUUAAUCCAGCUACUCUUUGACUUGGUCUUGUUGUUUUCUACUGCACUAGUUGCCAGUGCAGCUCCCCGAACUUGUUAUUCAAGAAUUGUGAGCAUGAGAAAAGAAAUCAACCACAGCAUGGAGAACAUGCAGACACCACAUUUCACAAAACGUUGUGCUACUAAGUUGCCAAAACUGGACAUAGAUAUCCAUAACUCCUGCGUGAUGUCCAAAAUACGCAGUUACCUGCAAGCAGCGGAGACAACUAGUAGGCGCUGCCAAAUUACUCUGCAGCCAACAGUUCAGUUAAUCAAACGUUUAUACAUCAUCAUGGUUGUGCCUUGUAAGGCGGAACUUGUCUUCGUGACGGACAGCUGUAAUGCAUUACGUCGCACAAGCUCUACAAAUUGAAUGAGCCAAAUAAUGAAAAUAAGCUUUUCGAAGAAGACAUUCAUAUAAUUGCUUUGGCUGAAAUUAAUUAUAUAUCAGAAAUAAUUUACAUUAUGCAACCAUAUUUCAGAUUAUAUUGCUUCUGGAGCCAGUAGAUGACAAAUGACCAAUAUACUAGUUGAACAAAAUAAUUCUAAUUUAACACUAUAUUCUUUGAAAAUUUGCCGAGAGCAAGUCAGGUAUUGCUGCGUGCUGUAUCCACUUUUGGAAUAAUACAUUGCGAGUUCUAGUUCGAUCUCUGGCCUUUGAUUGCAGCUACAAUGGCCCAUCAAGUCUACUCCGCCAUUCAAACAUGGUUGAUCUAUCCCUCCCUCCUAACCCCAUUCUCCUGCCUUCUCCCCAUAACCUCUGACACCCGUACAAAUCAAGAGGUUAGGGUAAGAAGCAAUUAUUCUCAGUAUCUCAUGCUAAAGGAAGUAUGCGGGGUGAAAUCAUUCAGUGCUUAUAGUCCAGCCUAGUCAGAACUGGGGAAGAAUCAGUGUCUCUCUGAUGUAUUUAACUUGCCAUCAUUUCAACAAGGGGAAAGAACAAGAGAGCAGAUGGAACACCCAUCAAAGUUAUUGGCUUGAGGAGAAGAAGCAUCAAAGAAGCAACCCUGGCUAUGCUAUAAUAUACCCGAUAAUAAUUCACAACUAAAAGGUGUGGAUAAGGACUUGCACCGAGAUGCUUAAAAAUCAAAGCAAAGUGGCUGCAUCUGCUGAGAUGUUUGGAUCUUAACUUAAGAAAAGUCAUUUGAUUUUAGCUUGCAGUAAAAUAUACAGUAUUCUAACCAUUAAAUUGCAUGCAAUGUGAAACAUAGUAAAUAGGUGCAGGAGUAGGCCAUUCGGCCCUUCGAGCCAGCACUGUCAUUCAAUAUGAUCAUGGCUGAUCAUCCAAAAUCAGUACCUCGUUCUGGCUUUUUCCUCAUAUCCAUAUCAUGAAGGAGAAUCAUCAUGAUUUAAAGCAAAAUGUAUUGCUUGUGCUGAUGUCCUGUAAUAAACCCCAAUGAUUUGAUAGUUAAUGCUCUUGCUUUCUGGCUAUUUGUAUUAAAGAUUGUAUUGUGAAGAACUGGACAGAAUCAAAUCAACUAUUUGGUUCUUUCCUUUAAGUGUGACAUUUCCUUAAAUGAGGUUAUUUACAUUUCUGUGAAGAUUGAUCAUAGCAACAAUAAAAACAUAUAUAAAUUGUGUAUGAUUUUUUACAUAUAAUUGAAUUAACCACAUAUUAUGUGAAUCAAAUCCAAAUCACUGCUUUAUGAACACAAGGAUGUAUUGAACACAAUGAGAUGCCGUGGCUUGUCUGUGCCAAAAUGUUUAAAACUCCAUACAUUUCUCUUUUUCUUGGAGCA